AUGGUCGCAGCAGCUGACAACUUUAGCUCUUACGAGGGCGUUUCAAAUGGCCGCCCUCAGAGAGCAACAUGCAAGAUGCUGCACACAGAGGGUAGCAAGAUUGUUGACUCCUCAGGAAACCAAGUCAUCCUGAAAGGCACAGCCAUUGGUGGUAUGCUCAACAUGGAGAACUUUAUCACUGGCUAUUCCGGCCACGAAUUCCAACACAGAGAGCAAAUGGCUGAGGUUCUAGGCGAAGAGAAGGCCAACUUUUUCUUCGACAGACUCUGUCACCACUUCUUCACAGACUCCGAUGCUGCCUACUUUGCAUCAUUAGGACUUAACUGCAUCCGCAUUCCCUUCAACUACCGUCACUUCAUCAAUGACAUGGAUCCUGACAACCUGAAGCAAUCCGGUUUCGAUUGGCUCGAUCGAUGUGUCGAAAUUUGUGCUAAGCAGAACCUUUACGCCGUCCUGGAUCUACACGCUGUUCCCGGAGGUCAGAACCAAGAUUGGCACAGCGACUCUGGCCUUUCCCGAGCAGCAUUCUGGGACUUCAAGGACCACCAAGACCGGGCUAUCCAAUUGUGGAAGGCCUUAGCGACUCACUACAAGGGCAACCCUGUCAUCGCUGGUUAUAACCUCCUCAACGAACCUGCCGACGAGUCCAAAACAUCUUCAGGCCAUUACGGCGACAGACUGAUCAAGUGGUACGAGAGAGCCGAGAAGGAGGUCCGAGCUAUUGACCCCGACCACAUGAUCUUUGUCGAUGGAAACACAUACGCUAUGGACUUCCGAGCUUUCCCAGAGAAGCCACUUCCCAACGCUGUCUAUGCCUGCCACGACUACAGUUUCCUCGGCUUCCCCAUUGGCGAGCAAUACGAAGGCACUGAGGAGCAAAACUCCAAGUUGCGCAGCAGCUUUGAGCGUAAGGUCGAAUUCAUGAGAGAGAAGAACGUCCCUAUCUGGAACGGCGAGUUUGGACCAGUUUAUCAGAAUGAGCACAAAGAAGGCCAGGAGGGUGUCAAGACCAACAACAAGCGCUUCAACCUACUACAAGAGCAGCUUGCGAUUUACAGAGAGACAGACGUCAGCUGGUCGAUUUGGCUGUACAAGGAUAUUGGUUACCAAGGCAUGGUUUACCUCGAUCCUGAAUCACCCUACAUGCGUCUUAUUGCUCCCUUCGUGGCCAAGAAGCAACGACUUGGUCUCGACUUUUGGGGUGUGGUUAACAAGGACGGCGUCAAGCACCUAUACGAGCCCUUCAUCCAAGGACUCAAGGACGAAGUGCUGGAGAAGUAUAGAGAUACCAAGUACCCCAAGGUCUGGACAUUUGAGCGACAGUUUGAGCGUGUCAUCAGGGAGUGUUUGAUGAGCGAGUAUGCUGGAUGGGAGCUUGCAGAGCUAUUCAGGGAUAAGAGCAAGGAUGAGUUGGAGGAGCUUGCAAGCAGCUUUUCAUUUGAGAAGUGCAUUAAGCGAGAUAGACUGGUCGGUAUCCUAAGUCACGACUCAAAGUUGUCAUCGGGAAAGCAAUAG